ACUCGCGGAGCCCCGCGCGAGCGGUGAAAACCUCCGUGGGUUCGCUGAGCCCGUUCAGGUCGCGUGAGAGUCCGCACGCUCGCGCCGAGUUUAACGGGGAUGCUCACGCGCGCGAACCUGUCGCUUGGGCCGUGACGAGAGAGGACCAAACAAAACACACAGAGCAGAACAAAUCAGAAGCAGAACAGAAACAGAACUACUUUUUUUCGGUUGUUGUUGUUUGUUGCCGGGGAUCUUGCGGUUGUCGGUGCAGCUCUGCGGCUGUUGUUGUUGUUUUUGUUGUUGUUUAUUGUCGUUGUUUUUUUAAAACCCCUUGUUUGGGUUCGUUUCGUCUCUUCAUGACUGGGAGCGAGUCGCCGCCGACACCACCAUGCGAGCCCAAAUUGAAGUUAUACCAUGCAAAAUCUGCGGAGACAAAUCCUCAGGGAUCCAUUACGGGGUCAUCACGUGUGAGGGGUGUAAGGGUUUCUUCAGGAGGAGUCAACAGAACAACGCCUCCUACUCCUGCCCUCGCCAGCGCAACUGUCUGAUCGACAGAACCAACCGGAACCGCUGCCAGCACUGCAGACUGCAGAAAUGCCUCGCUCUGGGAAUGUCCCGCGAUGCGGUGAAGUUCGGCCGUAUGUCUAAGAAGCAGCGGGACUCGCUGUACGCCGAGGUGCAGAAGCACCAGCAGCGCCUGCAGGAGCAGCGGCAGCAGCAGCAGACGGGCGAGGCCGAGGCCCUGGCCCGGGUCUACUCCACCGGCCUGUCGUCCGGCCUGGGCAGCCUCGGGCAUGACCUCGGCAGCGCCUACGCCAAUGGCCACCUCAUAGACAUGCCCAAGGGCCAGGCCAACGGAGCCCCGCCCGGCUACUACGGCAUGGACUCCACCCAGCCCAGCCCGGACCAGUCCGGCCUGGACAUGGCCGGCAUGAAGCAGAUCAAGCAGGAGCCGAUCUACGACCUGACGCCCGUGCCCAACCUCUUCCCCUACAGCUCGUACCAGGACAGCCAGCUGGCACCCGGGGUCUCCAUGGGGGAGCUGGAUCGCAUCGCGCAGAACAUCAUUAAGUCCCACCUGGAGACGUGUCAGUACACAGCCGAGGAGCUUCAGCAGCUUGCCUGGCAGACGCACUCGUACGAGGAGGUCAAGAUGUACCAAAGCAAGUCGAGGGAGGUGCUGUGGCAGCAGUGUGCAAUCCAGAUAACUCACGCCAUUCAGUACGUGGUGGAGUUCGCCAAGCGCAUCACCGGAUUCAUGGAGCUCUGUCAGAACGACCAGAUACUGCUGCUCAAAUCAGGUUGUCUGGAGGUGGUGCUGGUCCGGAUGUGCCGGGCGUUUAACCCCCUCAACAACACGGUUCUGUUCGAGGGGAAAUACGGAGGCAUGCAGAUGUUUAAAGCACUCGGCUGUGACGAUCUCGUUAGCGCAGUGUUCGACUUCGCGAAGAGCCUGUGCUCUCUGCAGCUGACGGAGGAGGAGAUCGCCCUGUUCUCCGCUGCUGUGCUCAUCUCCACAGAUCGGCCCUGGCUGAUGGAACCUAGAAAAGUACAGAAGCUCCAGGAGAAGAUAUAUUUUGCUCUCCAGCACAUUAUGCAGAAGAACCACAUGGAUGAGGAUGCACUGGCUAAGCUGAUUGGUCGGAUCCCCACACUGGCUGCACUGUGCACUCUGCACACGGAGGAGCUGCAGGCCUUCCAGCAGUUACACCCUGAGACGGUCAACGUGCUCUUCCCUCCGCUCUAUAAGGAACUCUUCAACCCUGACGCUGCCGGCGUCAUGCCCAAGUGAUCCCCCGCCACCCUGUACACACUCAGACACACUCACACUCGCACACACUCGCCUACAGGACACACCCUCUCUCCGCGAAAGGACAGGAAUGACUGCCAGCUCCUGCGGCCGAGGAGACGGAGAGACACACACACCUCUGCUCACGUCGACAGCGCGCCAGCGGUCGAGUCGCGCGGUCCCAGCGUCCGAGACGCCGUCCAGCAAGAGAACAGCGACCGCUUCUACAGGAAUGUCCUGCCCGUCAAAAAAUCCCACUCUGAUUUCACCGAUUCAGUCAAAAGAAUGUAUAUACGUACCUGUUAGAGAGGGUGCGCUCCAGGACUGACCAGAAAUGUACAGACUUUAGAGCAUUUUAAGCUGUCUUUUAAUGGGGUAAGUUUGUUUCGUUUGUUUUAUACGAUAUUGUGAUAUUGAAAAGGGGACGAGGGUUGGAUUUUUCCAAGACGAUAAAAUAGCAAUUCCAUAGUUUGGAGAGUAUUCCAGUAUUAAAUCUUCUUCUUGUUUAUAUUUUAGUCAAUAAUUUAUAAUCAGCGGCCCGGGAAAGGCUGGCGUUUUGUCCGUGUACAUUUCUUUUUCCUUUUUUUUUUUCUUUCCUGUUCUGUUUUGUAGUUUUACCUGUACAUAAUUUGUGAAGCUUAGACAAUAUUGUAAAAGUAUACUGAGCGGGGGGGGGCACUCUUUGCAUUUUGGUAUGUUUAAAAAAGCCUUGUCUGGGCUAUGUAGAUAUGUACAGACGGUAAAACAAAGGUUACCCUUAGAAACUAUGGAAAUGUAAAGGAUUUUCUAAGAGAAUUGAGAAUUUCAUGAGAAUUGAUAAUGGUAACUUUUUUUUGUUUGUUUUUCUUUUUUUUUCCAUGAGAAGAUACAGAGAUAUAUAUAUAUAUAUUUUGCAAAAUGAAUACGGCUGAUCUCGUUCCGUCCUGUCAUUCAGUUCACUGCAAUAAUGCUGUUGAACAAUCAGAGUAUAGUGGAGUAGGCGGGGUUUCAGUGGGAAGGCCACAAAAAUAACUAGCGGCUACUUCAACCUCAAUUUUUCUUUGUCUGUAAACAGAGAUGAACUGUCAAAUCCCAACACACAAGGAAGCUCAGUAAAAGUUGGUCUGGUUCAGAAGUAUCAGUAUCACUUUACUAUUUGAAGAAUUAUACUGCUUAAAAAUUAAGGGAACGCUUAAAUCACAUGUUACCCAGUGAACAUUGAAAGAAUUGAAAUCUCUCCUCCGUGAUUUUAAGACGGGGAGAUAUUGGGAAACACAUAAACCUUCUAAUGAUAGCAUGUAGGGUUUUGGAUGUCUUGAACGUGCCAUCAUUUCUACCAGUAGUGACAAAACUGACUUUAGCCUAAUCCAGAUGGGAUUAGUUUCUCUGGGGGAUCUGGGGUAACUUUCACUUUUAUGGGGUUUUUUAUCCUCUGUAAUUUUAUUUCUGUCCAGAACAAUCAUGUAUGUGUUUUUCUCAGACGUACUCUAAAAAUUACAGGCUGAAUUUUGACUUAUCUACUGUUUUUCUCUGAACUUUGUGGUCCUCCAGUAAUUUUAGUCCUGUCUAGAUGCACAUCUCUAAAUUUCGUCUCCUUGCAUUUAAUAAAAUAGCUAUUUGUCCACUGCCGCGCACCGUAAUUACAGUUUAGGCGCAUGUUUGGACACAGCUCACAGACUCCUUUCUAUACAAACUCCCACACUUUGUAGUUGUGAACUGUACUUCUGAGUUGUUAAAAAAAAAUGUUCAAAUUGGUCUUCACCCCAAACUGAAAUAAGAGUCAGUGUCUCUUCUCUGUUUCAGUGUCUUUUAGAGCACUUAGACACCAUUAUCGUGCUCCAGGUGAAAAACCUGAUGUCACCUAAAGUCAUGUGACCGAGAAAGCAAAAAAAAAAACUCACUGGUCCUCCUGUUUUUUAAACUGCAGUCUGGAUGCAGGAGUUUUAUCACUGAGUAGAAGUGUGAAAUCAUUUUUACACACGUCCCCCAGAGAAACUAAUCCCGUCCACAUAGGGCUUUUUUGUUGUGUUCUCCUGUGAUAAGUCAUAAGUGUUCCCUUUAUUUUUUAAGCAGUGUACUUUAUUAAGUAAAAGUAUUAAUAAUGUUACCUACAUAACACCUUCACAAGCCUUUUAGGACUGAUAUUAUGAAAUUAAUAAGGCAUUCACAAUCAGUUGUCAUAAAAGGUUACAACAAUCAACCAAUGCUUGUUGUAAUCAUCUCUAAAAAUCUAAAAUCUAAAAAUGUAUGAAGGUUUAUGCAGGUGUUGUGUAGCUCUAUAACCUCGUAGCCACUUUAAGGUGAAGUAGCUCCCAACUUCCCAACUCCAACAGCAGCUGAACUUGCAAUCAAGCACAAUGCAGCACGACUUGAGUCGCAACUUGAAUCACUUCUUUGCAAUAUAUUUGUUGCAACUGUAAACGCAAGCUGAUAGACAAUCAUUUAGCUUUGUAUUAUUUAUUUGAAUCUGUUUGAACCUGCUUUUUUCUUUUCUUCCCCAACAUUUAUUGCAAUACCAAGAUGUUGUGUAAUGUUAUCCACUACACUAUCCAAUACUGUGCACUCGUGUAGGAGAGCAGUGCAGAUCCGAUCCCUGUCCUUGUUUCUCUCAGGCAAAUGCUGUUCCCUCAUGUGCGUCAACUUUAGCUCACGCCUCAAAAAGCUUGUCAUGUUACCAGGAAACAAUUAUAUCAGCAACACGAAUUACAUCAUAAAAUACACCAGAAAAAACCCACAACAAGCCUGACUGUUCUCAAAAAACUUGUGCAAAUAUGUGCAAGAACUAAGGCAAUGCACAAGAAAUUUAAAUUUUCAUUUGAAGUUUUCCUGUGUUAAUUUGUAAAAAAAUCUAAAUAAGAAUAAAUCUGAAUAAAUAUGGUUAAAAACGAUUCUCCACACUCUGUAUAUUGGCUGUAGCAGUCACUAACUGGUACAGGUGUCAAACCUGCUAGAUAUUUGUUGGGGGCUUAUUAGGCAAGAGAGAAACUGGCAAUCACUCGACAAUCAUCACUUGGAUUUUGCUGUUUUAAAAGUUCAGCAUAGCGACUGAGCCAUCACCAUUUUUCUUUUGCUAAAAAGAGUAAAAAAAAUUAGCACCCUGAUGUGUUGUGUAUAAUAAUUAUGGGUGGUUGAUAUGGCACCAUAAUUCAGGGUAUGAUUUCAUUCACCAUAUUCAAAAAUGUUAGCGAUUUCACUAUCCAAUUUCACUAUUCAACAAUUCUAUAUCUAUACCACUCUAAGAUUAAUUGUGGGUUUAUCUGAACACUAGAUAAACUGGUUAACGCAUGCUUUAUAUUUACCACAGUAUGAUCUGUCCAGGACGCAAAGCCAUAGUAUCCUUUCCCAGAUCCAACUCCAAACUCAGCGUUUGAGCGUAUCAUGCAAUCAGAGACAAAAUUACUUUAGGAGUUACGUUAACGAAUACGAGAGCACUUACGAAGAAAUUAGCAAAUGAGCACUUAUUUGUACUCAUUCCCUUGAUGUUACGUUUGAUCAAUUUUUUUCUGUUUUCUUUUCUUUUUUGUGUAGUUAUUUUUUAAUGGUAAAAAGUUCGAGAAGACGUGCGAGCUCUCUGCUUUUAUUUGAUUUUAUUUGAUUUUAUUUUAUUUCGUUUCCAGUUCAAGACAAUCACUUUCAGAUGUGGCCUGAACGCAUCUGUCUCAGGGACUUCAACCUUUCCUACUUUGAACAUAGAAAGAGACUCCUAUUUUGAAAGAGGAAGUAGAGGGGUUAAACUUUUUGAACAUUUUUGAAGGGGCGGGUUUAGGGGCGGGGCAGGGGUUGGGGAUGUUCUAUAAUAAUAUUACCUGAUACCAGAUCUACCCAGACAAGGCUUUGGCACGUGUGUUUGAGAGAGAGAGAGAGAAAGAGAGAAACUGGGAGAGCGUGAGUUUUUUUUAUUUUUUUUAAUUUAAUUUAAUUUUUUUUUUGCAUAUGUGUGUACAAAAGAAAAGAGAUGAAAUGAAUUUGCGAAUCUAAAUUAUUAGCCACUACUUUGCUUUGCGAAAGCCCCGCGUGUGUGUGUGUGUAUAUAAUGGAUAUGGAUCUGUCUCAGAAGCACUAGCUAGGGAGAGAAAGAGAGAGAGAGGUUAAAAAAGAAAAGAUAAGAUAGAGUACUGUAAGUAUUAUUAUUAAUAUUAUUAUUAAUGCGUCUCCUCCAAUUAAACGGAUCUCUGUGUAUAAGUUAGAUUAUUUAUAGACUGUGAGAAUAAGCCGAAUAAGCUCCCUUAUCCCAAGCUGUUUUCAAGUGAAAGACGAAAAAAAAACGCUACACUGAAUAUGAAGGAUUUGUCGUUUUUUUAUUUUUUGGCUUAUUUUUGUUAUUUUAUUUCGGUGGUUUUAGACUGUGAAGCGAGGCCGGGAAAAGGGGGUCAACACUGUUUAGGUACUUUAGCAAUAACCUAAUGCAUAACCUACUGUCAUGUUUGCAUUGUAAGAUUUUAUUUUGUAUUGGGUUAUUAUUGGAAUUAUUAUUAUUAUUAUUAUUAUUAUUAUUAUUAUUAUUAUUAUUACUAUUAUUAUAUUACUACUAGCCUAUUGUUGUUCAGUUAUCCUUGCAUGCUGUUUCACGACGAUGGAAAAAAAAAAAUGUGUUUUUGAUCAUGUGAUUCUACGCGAGGGAGGGAAUGGGAGGGGGGGGGACUUUUAUUGUGAAUGUUUCCGGGUAUGUGUUCAGUAGGACUGAACAUAGCUUACCCUGCUCAUUCUACUGUCAUACAUCUGUGCGCACACACAUAUAUAUAUACACACACACACACACACACACACACACAGAAUACGUCAGAAUGAUAAUGAGACACAGGAAUGCCAGCAGUUUUUAAGCAACAAAAUGUAAAAAUAAAAUAAAAAUUAAGUUAUUAAGAGUGGAUUAAGGUGAAAUCAUCUAUUUAAAAUGGUAAACCACAUUUUGUUUUACUAAUAUUUACUGCCUCAUGCAGAAUAUUAAUGUAUUAAAAAAUGAUGCAAUUAAAAAAAUAAUAAUAAGAUUUCUGUUUUUCAGUAAACCGAAAAAUAUUUGCAUAAAUCCGUUCACCACAACUGUUCAGAAAUCAGGUGAAAAUAAGUGGCUAAUAAUUUUUCUCAAUUGAACCAUUUCACACAACAUCCACUCUAAAUGACUUUCUUCACAAAAUUCUUCCUUUUUCUCAAUUAAAUCAGUUACUUAAUUUCCCUUAUAAGGACUUAAACAGACCCUAAUAAUGCAUAGUGAAUAAUGCAUAAAUGGACCCGACAGAUUAAACAUUAGUUACUACAGAUACUAAAGAUGAAAUUACAGUGAUAAAUGAAUCUGCUGCAUUAUGUUAAUCAAAACUAGUCAACGUUUAUUCAAUGCCAUUAAAUGCUCUAAUUUCACCAAAUAUUUAAAACUUAAAACACCUACAAAACCCUCGUCUGGAACCGUCUGAGACCACCUGGUACGAUGCUCAAAGCGCACAAUUAAAAAAAAGCAAACAUUUGAUUUGUUUGAGGGCUGAUGUUGGUACAUGCACAAAUACAAAUGUAACAAGAUUAGUGUUUUUUUUAUAUAUUUAACAGUGGAUUUUACUCAGCAAUUUCAUCCUUAAUAUGCAAAAACAUCAAAUGGUAAUUUCUUUCUUUUUUUUAGCAAUUUUUUUCAAAUGGUAAUUUCCAUCCAAAAAAACUUUUUUUUUCUUUUUUUUCAUUUUAAAAAAGGGGUGCACUAUGACUUUAAACAGUUCUUUUUACGUUUUUAUGCACAUGUCGAUUUUUUUUUUAAUUCUCCAAAUUUUGUAAAUCUUCUAAAUAUGUGCAUUGAUAUCAAAAUAUAACUUUUGAUUUUUUUAAAUGGACAUCUGCCAUUAGUUUUUUCCUAAUAUUUAUAAUUCUUGAAAAAAACAAAACUGAAAUUUAUUUACAUACAUAUUUUUACAGUAAACUAAUAUUUAAUCAGAAAUUAACCUUCUGUUAAUUCACUAUUGACUAUUGACUUUUGCUUUUGUUGCAUUUGAAGCCCUCUUCAAAUAAAUGUGGUCUUUUUUUCUGUAAUGCUGGUCCAGAUGGAUUUAGUCCCAAUUUUCUAACACUUCUAUAACUAAUUUUUAUAAAAAUUAAGCAUUUGAUAAGAAUGAAAGGAUGGAAAUCGAUUUAAAUCUUGUUAAUCUGGCAUAACUGGGGUCCUUUUUUAACCCUAGAACACUAACGUUAAAAUUAAUAUCACCAAUCUUCAUCACUAACGUUGGGUUUACACUGUAUGACAAGUUUUGGAACCCUUCUUUCAUUUUACAACAUCACAUAAAAUAUAAAAAAUAUAAAAGAUACCAUGGAUGAACCUAUAAAAAAGAAGAAAAUUAUUGGAAAAUCAGGUAAUUCUUAACAGAAAAAUAUUAAAUAGAGCUGCUGGUAAUGCCGCUUUGUCUUUGGUCCACCCAUUCUUGAGACAUGUGAGCACCUGUUUUAAACACACAAACACACUAACAUUAUAAUUAAAUUAAAUUACACCCAUAAAAUAUCUUACUCUUCAUCACUAACGACGGAUUAAAAAAUAAUCUAAAUGCAUGCCUCCUUUCAGGAGAAACAGCCAAUCAGCUUGCUGGUUUUGCAGAGCGCAGAGGAGGGUCAGUGUGGGGAAGCCCCAGUUUCCCUUAUUUUUAAAUUCAAAAAACAUAGGUGACAUUAAUGACUUCAAUGAAAGCACAAUGAAAAUCACAUUAACAAAAAUUGUGUGUGAAAGUCACCCAGCGUUAGCGUUCUUGGGUUAAAAAAACUUAAAUUAGUUAAACUCAAACUCAAAAAAACUUCAAUUUAAACUCAAAUUUCUCUCAGAAGCUUCACACUAACUGUAAUGAUCACCUUUUGCUCUUAAAGGAAGCUGCUGUGCUCCCGGUUUAACAAUGCAGUGCUACUUUUAUCCAUUGCAUCAUUUUCUGAACCCCUGCUUAUAGCACUGAUACAACCGUGCAGUACCAUCAUAGUAUCAUCAUAACGAACACAUGGUAACAUGCACUUCUUAUGUCACUGGAUUAGAUAUGAGUUUGUAAUAACAGUCUUCUGUAUGUCAUGGUUGUGUCAGGGUUAUAUCAGGGUUGUGGGCAGGUUCACAGUGAGAGUUUUACUGAUAUUAAACACUGUCUCCAUUACCUCGAUGUCGGCGAAUCUGUAGCAGGAUCUUUUAUUCUGUGAGGCGUAAAAACGUGAAAGACUUCUUUCUCUGUUGUUCAGUUCUAUAAGUGCCAUAGCUUGGUUAAGGUGAAGCUGAAUGGCGAGCAGGCUCAAGGCCACGAUGCUGCAAAGAGCAUCCGGAGCAUGUAGCAGGGUGGGGUUCGGGUGGAGGGGGGGGAUUCUGGGUAAGCAGGGAAUUUGCCAAGUGUGGUAUGUGUAUGUGUAUGUGUGUGAGUGUGUGUGUGUGAGUGCGUAUGUGUGUGCAUGAUCAUGCAUUUAGCUUGGGGUGCGUAGUCCAGGUCCAGAAAUUAAAAAUCCAUCCCAGGAUUUAGUUGGAACUGCCUGGGCGGCUCUUCUGCAGCUUCAAGCUCAUAAUAAAUAAUAAGAACUAUGACAUUUGAAACAGGAGCAUGGUGUAGCACUUUGUGAGAGAGUGUGUGUUAGCGCACGUGUGUGUGUGUGUGUGUAAGUGUGUGUGGGUGAAAGUUCCAGUUCAAUCGAGCUCCUGAAUCGUCUCAUCUGAGUUGUACAUAGCAAGCGAAGGACUUAAGUGAUUUUUUUUUGUUUUGUUAAAGUCUAUAUUUUAUGCUUUUGUAGACAUUUCUUUGUGGGGGAAAAAAAAUAAAGAACAUUUUAUGGAUGCGA